AUGAAAACGUUCUUUCUCGCUGCGACGGUAUUUGCUACUUCCCAAGCGUUAACCACCAACUUUCCUUCGUUCUUAAUCUCUAGUGAGCAUCAGACGUGGAAGGCCUUUGUGGACUACGCGCUGGAAUUUGAAAAGGAAUACCGUUACGCUGCCAAUGACGAAGAUCUCGUGCAGCUCCGAUUCCGAGCUUUUGCGACGAAUCUUGAGCGUAUCAAGUCACAUAAUGAAGCGUACGAACGUGGUGAGUUUAGUUUUACACUAGGGCUCAAUGAUCUUGCGGAUCUCAACGAUUCCGAGUACAAACAGUUGCUCAGUUACCACAUGCGUGAAUCAAUGAGCUCUGGAGCGAGUGAGACGUUUUCCAAGCCUGAAAACUUUCAAGAUAUUCCAGACAGUUGGGAUUGGCGUACACACAACGUUGUGACGCCUGUAAAGAACCAGGGCCAAUGUGGAUCGUGCUGGGCCUUUUCGGCUGUGGCUGCAAUGGAAUCGGCUUAUGCUCUGAAAACUGGCACACUUGAGUCAUUCUCAGAGCAGGAACUUGUGGACUGUACUCUUAAGGGUAUUGAUGACUGUAGCCAUGGUGGAGAGAUGAGUGAAGGUUAUCAGGAGAUUAUUAAUCACCACGGAGGUAAAAUUGAUCGGGAGGUGGACUAUGAGUAUACGGCAGAGUCCAAGGGCGUGUGUAACGCCAAAGACGACAAGGCAGUGGGCCAUUUUACGGCGUAUGCGAAUGUGACGUCGGGCGAUGAAAGCGCGUUGCAAGCAGCUAUUGCUACUAAAGGUGUGCAGGCAGUGGCAAUUGAUGCAAGUAGCUUUACGUUUCAAUUGUACCGUCACGGUGUGUACAGCUGGCCAUUGUGUGGCAACAAACCGGAUGCACUGGACCACGGUGUGGCAGCUGCUGGCUUUGGAACGUACAAGAAGUCAGACUUUUGGCUUGUGAAAAACUCAUGGGGUGAGUCGUGGGGCAUGAAGGGCUAUAUCAUGAUGAGUCGGAACAAGAACAAUCAAUGUGGUAUUGCUACGGACGCUUCCUAUCCGAUUAUGACAAAGGAAGAGAAGAAGAUGGAGAUGAUGGACCGUACUGUGGUCCAAGAGACUACCGACGUCGUCAGCAUCAUGUAA